UGAAACCCCAUCAAACUACACGGUCCUCCGGCCGUGUCGCCGCCAAACGCCGGCUUGACACGACCUCGAGGAUGCGUUGGGUCUUGCUGCUUUUAGCGUCCCAAUCCGUGACUAGUACUAGUGACUCCUGCGCAAGUGAUGCAGGUUGUGCUGUGCCAGAUGCUGAUGAUGCAACUGGCUUGCUCCAGCGCACGAGAAGAGCGAGCGAGGAGCAGAAAUUAGUGCAUGAGCCAAAGGGGCAUCCAAAGGCACGAACAGCGAGUUCCGUGGACUUUGGGCCCAAUGUGAUUAUUGUUCCAGCGGGAGCAGCGAGUUCGGAGCUGCAGGCAAAACUCAAUCAGUUGUACGAGACACAAAUUGGCUGGGACGACUAUGGCCAGUUCGGGAAUCACCGGACGGCCGUGUUUCUGAUGCCUGGGAACCACCAGGUGGACAUUCAGCUGCCUUACUACUUCCAAGUGCUCGGCCUUGGUGCGGCUCCCACGGAGACCGUGGUGUCACCGGGCGUGCGGGGCAUUGGCCUCGAGGUGGGACGACAACCAGGCAAUUUGCCCAACACGAACACUUUCUGGCGUAGCAUUGAGAACGUGGAAGUGCAACAGCGCCUCAACUUCUUCGUCUCCCAAGCAGCACCUCUGCGGAAGGUGAAAGUCCAUGGCGAUCUGAAGCUUAGUGGAGACGGCGAUGACUAUACCUCUGGUGGAGCGCUGGCAAACUCCGAGAUUCUGGGCGAAAUUCUCACUGGCACGCAGCAGCAAUGGUACACGCGGGGGACAAAGAUGAAGCCCUACCCCCAUCCAGCAGGUUUGGGAAGUUACGCAGCUGUGGGCUGUGUGGGGCCAGACGAGACUUCUUUCACUCCCAGCUACGACUUCGAGGGCAACCACCUACCCUGGCAAAGUGUUCACACUGGAGCCACGUAUACGGAGCCACCAUCAGUGUUUGCUGAGAAGCCCUUCAUCAUCUUCGAACAGGGUGAGUACAAACUUCGAAUUCCAGAAGUCUUGAGAAAUCAUCCGGGCUACGACUGGCAGAGCGGCAGCACUGUGGGCUUCGACAAGGUCUUUGUGACCAAUGCCAAAAGCACAGCCAAAGAGAUGAAUGCGGCCAUCAAGCAAGGUUUGCACGUGAUCCUGACUCCUGCGGUCUACUACUUGGAGGAACCUCUGGUCAUUGACCACCCGAACAUCUGCAUUUUGGGACUGGGCUUUGCGACUUUAGUGCCCAAAAAAUUGGACAUUUUCAUUGGCAGAGGCGUAAUCGAGGUGGGUAGAGUGGAUGGCGUACGUUUGGCCGGCGUCUUUGUGCAAGCGGGUCCACUGGCGUCUCCCGACUAUUCCAAGGCCGUCAAGGCUCUUGUGAGGUGGGGAGAUCCAAAUCAUCCCUACGAGGGCAACAGCGAAAACCCUGGCUUCAUCUAUGACUUCAUUGCGCGCGCUGGGGGUCCAGAUGUUGAACCAGUAGGAGUUGACACGAUGCUAGAAGUCAACAAUGGCUGGGUCAUCACCGACAACACUUGGCUUUGGAAAGCAGAUCAUUGCGUCCACAGUUCAGGUGCUCUUUGCAUUCCCCAGCGGUACGUCAAACACUGCUUAGUUGUGAAUGCGGACAACGUGCAUAUGUACGGUCUUAUGGCGGAGCAUUCGAAUGAUGACAUCGUGGUUUGGAAUGGUGAGCAUGGAAAGACGUAUUUCUUCCAGAGCGAAUUCAAAUACACCAUGGGGGUGCACAGCCAGCCAGAGACCUGGGAUAACGUUCCUCAUGCCGUCAGCUAUAGAGUCAAUGCUGAGAAUCACAUAGCACUGGCCAUGGGCAUUUAUUGCGUUGUGUUGGCCGAGCAAGUGGACGAUGACGCCACACCCAUGGCCAACGUCGCUGUGGAAGGCGGAUUGAGUGCAAUCGCGGUGGCGCAUGAGGAUGCCUACAUUUGGGGAUUCAAGGAUGUGGCCACCCUGAACUGGAAUAUGAAUUGGCCAAGAGAUUCCAAGCUGCGAUGCAAGGCCUGGUCCUCCCGGUCGACCUCAUGCCUUGAUUCGAUGGUUGAGGCUCCGCGAUGAGUUCGUUUAAAA